UCUAGUUUGCACGUGAAUGUUAAAACAGGUGUAGUACAUUAGACUGUGAAUGACCUAAAAAUAGUAUUGAUUCAAGUGCUUCAUUUUGAUUUCAAAUUUAAUUUUAAAUGCCCGUUCUUCCAUAGUCUAAACGCAAUAGUACUGACAUUCCUGCUGAUUUCUGAUCCUACUUUUUCACAAGUCAUGGCAUUCAACCAACUGCGAAUUCCAUUGGAAUGGAGUGUAUUCUUACGUGUAUUUUGGUGACAUUUGGACUUGUUCGGUGUUCACACAAGUAAAUCAUUUCGAAUUUUCCCGGUUUUAUCAAAGUAUUGAGCAAGUUUUUGAAAAUACGAAAAGCCUUACGGUUAAGAAGUAACUGUCAGAUGUUUAUGUAAUUCUGGAAAAGCGAAAUUUUGAGUAGGAUUUGCGAUGUCUCACAAAGUUGAAUUGUAUAUUUAUGACUUGUCUCGUGGGAUGGCUGCAAUCAUUUCACCAAUGCUUAUCGGCAAAAGGGUAGAUGGAAUUUGGCACACGUCUAUUGUGGUCUAUGGUAGAGAAUACUUUUUUGGGUCAAAUGGAGUAGAAAGUUGUAAUCCGGGUACAACACUUCUUGGUGAGCCGCUCGAAAAAAUCGUAUUGGGGGAAACACAAAUACCUUACUCGGUUUUUAUCGAUUACUUAAGUGGUCUUAGUGAAAGUUCUUAUCAAUACACUUAUCAAGCUCUUGAGGAAAAGAGGAAAGCCACAAGGGAAAAAUUGGCCAGGAAAGAAAGAAAGAAGGAGAAGAAAAGGAAGAAGUUGUUGAGAGAAGCUCGAUCGUUGUCUCGUGAUUGUGAAGGCUUUAAUAUGGCUGAAACAGAAGCUGUAAAUGGUACAGAAGGUCAAUUACCUUCAGAAGAUGCCAUGCAGUUUGAAGCAGAAGAACGAAGAGCUGAAGAAGAGAGAAAAAGGGCCCGGGAACCCCCUAUAGUUUUCAAGGGAAUUAUUGAUGUGAAUCAAGAAUUCGACAAAUUAUCCCAACUCCUUGAUGGCAAGCUCAACGAUGACGAGCGAAGAUCUCUAUCAGAAUUAGAGCAAUAUAUGUUGGGGAAUGAGGGAAGUUGGAUUGUUGGAGAUGGAUUUCUCGAAUUCAUUGGCAGACUUUUAAACGACAAGGCCCUCGACAAAGAAAUAAAAGUUCACAUUUUGAACAUUUUAUCCGAAGCAGCCCUUAAAGACGAUGUUAUCCUGGUUUUGCAUCAGGAUCGUAAAGACCACGUCCUUAUGAAUUACGCCUUUGAAAUAGACAGGCUCAGCGUUGAAGAGCAACAAGCUAUAGCCUUAUUUAUUGCCAAUAUGUUUGAGAAUCUCAGUUCAUCAGAGUGGUUGUUGUACAUCUCUGAAUGGACGUACAACAACCAGCCCACAAGCAACAUAAGGGUGACCACAAAAGUUGGGGUUCAUUCGUUAUUAUCUGACUUGCCCGAUUUACAAGAUAAAGGGACCGCCAUCGUAUACAACAUGGCUUGUAAGGAGUGUCUUAGACAUAAUUGCAACAAUUUUUCCCAAGAAGUAGCUCAAUUUUUGUGUGCGGCAAAUAUUCCAAAGCACAUUUUGGACCUUCCAAAUGAAGUUUUGGAGGCAAAGCUCCAUCCAGCGUUGGCAGCAUUAGCAAGUCAAUUAGAAAGGGGCGCAAGGCCAGUUGAGGAGGAGCACCAGAGAGGACUCAGUCCAGAAUUUUCUCAACUUAAUUCUCAAAUAGAAGAAGCCAGAUACACUUAUCAAGCUCUUGAGGAAAAGAGGAAAGCCACAAGGGAAAAAUUGGCCAGGAAAGAAAGAAAGAAGGAGAAGAAAAGGAAGAAGUUGUUGAGAGAAGCUCGAUCGUUGUCUCGUGAUUGUGAAGGCUUUAAUAUGGCUGAAACAGAAGCUGUAAAUGGUACAGAAGGUCAAUUACCUUCAGAAGAUGCCAUGCAGUUUGAAGCAGAAGAACGAAGAGCUGAAGAAGAGAGAAAAAGGGCCCGGGAACCCCCUAUAGUUUUCAAGGGAAUUAUUGAUGUGAAUCAAGAAUUCGACAAAUUAUCCCAACUCCUUGAUGGCAAGCUCAACGAUGACGAGCGAAGAUCUCUAUCAGAAUUAGAGCAAUAUAUGUUGGGGAAUGAGGGAAGUUGGAUUGUUGGAGAUGGAUUUCUCGAAUUCAUUGGCAGACUUUUAAACGACAAGGCCCUCGACAAAGAAAUAAAAGUUCACAUUUUGAACAUUUUAUCCGAAGCAGCCCUUAAAGACGAUGUUAUCCUGGUUUUGCAUCAGGAUCGUAAAGACCACGUCCUUAUGAAUUACGCCUUUGAAAUAGACAGGCUCAGCGUUGAAGAGCAACAAGCUAUAGCCUUAUNCAGGACAAUUCCUUUGAAUAAGGAAAAUUUCACCGAAGCGGUGAAAAAGAAAACACACUCGUGUUGUUUAGCAAAUACGUGCCAUCUCUUCAACAAAAAUGCGGAUCUCAUUAUUAUAAUUUGUAGAUACACUUAUCAAGCUCUUGAGGAAAAGAGGAAAGCCACAAGGGAAAAAUUGGCCAGGAAAGAAAGAAAGAAGGAGAAGAAAAGGAAGAAGUUGUUGAGAGAAGCUCGAUCGUUGUCUCGUGAUUGUGAAGGCUUUAAUAUGGCUGAAACAGAAGCUGUAAAUGGUACAGAAGGUCAAUUACCUUCAGAAGAUGCCAUGCAGUUUGAAGCAGAAGAACGAAGAGCUGAAGAAGAGAGAAAAAGGGCCCGGGAACCCCCUAUAGUUUUCAAGGGAAUUAUUGAUGUGAAUCAAGAAUUCGACAAAUUAUCCCAACUCCUUGAUGGCAAGCUCAACGAUGACGAGCGAAGAUCUCUAUCAGAAUUAGAGCAAUAUAUGUUGGGGAAUGAGGGAAGUUGGAUUGUUGGAGAUGGAUUUCUCGAAUUCAUUGGCAGACUUUUAAACGACAAGGCCCUCGACAAAGAAAUAAAAGUUCACAUUUUGAACAUUUUAUCCGAAGCAGCCCUUAAAGACGAUGUUAUCCUGGUUUUGCAUCAGGAUCGUAAAGACCACGUCCUUAUGAAUUACGCCUUUGAAAUAGACAGGCUCAGCGUUGAAGAGCAACAAGCUAUAGCCUUAUUUAUUGCCAAUAUGUUUGAGAAUCUCAGUUCAUCAGAGUGGUUGUUGUACAUCUCUGAAUGGACGUACAACAACCAGCCCACAAGCAACAUAAGGGUGACCACAAAAGUUGGGGUUCAUUCGUUAUUAUCUGACUUGCCCGAUUUACAAGAUAAAGGGACCGCCAUCGUAUACAACAUGGCUUGUAAGGAGAAAAUGUUCAAAAACUUUCGGAUACGACAACUUUUACCUCGAGGCACUUUGUCAAAGGUGUUUGAUGACGUUGCAGUGGAGUUGACGAUGGCCCUUUUGCAAUAUUUUAACAAUAAACCACCAGAAGAGCAGCUUUGGAGGUGUAUGAAAGCUAUGGGUAAAUUUACUCAAAUUUCGAACCAAGAAGUGCCCCAAUUGAUCCAGAUGAUAGGUCCUGAUCCCAAAACGUUCAAGGGAGUAAGUUCAAGGGUGGAUGAACAAAUCGACGAAGUAUGCAAGAAGUUGCGUUAAACAACUGGUGAUGACUUUUUUUGUUCUUAGAAAAUGGACUUAAUGUAUUUUUUGUUUUCGACUUUUUAAAUUAUUUUUUUGGUAUUUAGAUUUAUGUAAGUACAAAAUGGUGCUAUUAUACAAUGUUUAUACGUU